AUGUCAAUUGAUUAUCUUUGGACAGAUGACGAAUUAACUCAAUUUGAAAGAGAGGCUUUAUUUUCAGAUACAACAUUUACAUUUACUAUAAUUUCAAAAACUAUAGAUGAAUGUUUAUUAAAAUUGAAUGAAUUUUUUAAACCUUGGUUAGAUGAGUAUCCCUGGAAUUUAAAUAAACCAAAAUUCGAUAAAUUUCAAUAUGAUCAAGAAUUUUAUUACAUAUAUGGAGAAUUGUCUUACCAUGAUUAUUCACAAGAUUCAAAUUUAUUAUUAGCUAUUUUAUUUUUAUUUACUAAAUUUUAUGAUUGUUUUAUUCAUGUUUGGGAUAAUGAAUUAGUUGAGCCUAUUUUAUUUCAUUGUCAUGAGAUUUUACCUGAGAAUUUACAAGAUGUAACUACUUCACAGAAUAGAAUAUGGAUUCAUGAUUAUAAAUGUAUAGAAAUAAAUCAACAUACGGACAAUUAUCUAAAUUUAAAAAGAGCAAUUUAUCAAUUAUCAAAUAAUGAUUAUGGAAUAAAUACAGACAUUACAAAUAAGAUUAUAAAAUUUACUCAAUUGGAUGAAUAUUUAGGUGACAUACAUGAUUUAAAACUAUGUCUUCCUAUAAAUUUUGCAAAGCUUGUAUCCAAUGAACCAAUGCUCAUCUCAAAAUGUUUAAUUGAAUUAGAAGAUAUUGAACAAUUUGAACCUUUAUUAUAUAAUGAGAAUUUGGUAGAUGUGACUGUUCCUGUAAAUUCCAUGAAUUUGGGAGUAUUAUUAAGUAUAACUCAUGAAAAUCAAUUGAAUGAUUUUAAAAAGAAUGCAAGUGAAAUUAUAAUGAAUGGUUUAGUUAAAUUAAAAAAUAAACUUACUGUAAAUGAGGUUCCAAAUGAGAUUAAACGAAAUUCGAGGGAUAAAUUACAGAAUAUUUUAAUAGAUCGAGGUUUAUUAACACACAAUGUUGAUGAAAAUAAAGAAAUAUAUGAUAUUAUAUUAAACAGUCCCAAAGAUUCAAUACAGAGAGAAGAACAAUUAGCAAAACAAUUAGAAGCUAUAUUUGAAGAAGGAACGAUUCAUUUACAAGAAGUUAUUAAUGAAGAUGAUUGGGAAGAAGAAGAAGAAGAAGAUGAAUUAACAGAUGAUGAAUUAAAUUUAUUUAGAUGGAAAUAUUAUGAUACUACAUCUGAAUGGAUACCUAAAAAAGAAGUAAAAUUAAAAUAUGAUCAAUUUAAUCAAUCAAUGUUAAAAUAUAACGAAGAGUUUAAAAAUGAAUUUAAAAAUACUGAUUUUGAAGAUUUUCCAGAAUUUUUAGAACUGGAAGUUAUAUUAGAAAUGCAUAAACCAAACAAUACAUAUAAUAAUGAUAGUGAUUAUGAAAAUGAAAAUUCUCAAAGUUAUGAAGGUGAUAUGUCAUAUAGCGAAUAUCUCAAAUUUAAAAAACAAUUAAGAAAAAAUCCAAAUGAAACCAUUAAUUCUGAUACUGAUGAAGAUGAUGUAGAUUGGGAAGAUAUAAAAGAUGAUGAUGAUUCUCAAGAUGUCAUGUCUGAUGAUUCUCAAGAAUAUAUUGAACCAUACGAUAUUGAUACUCCCAGAGUACAAGAAUUACCAAACUUUCUGCCUGAAGAGGAAACGGUGGAAGGAGUCACAGAGAAUUUGAAAAACUUGAAAACUAAAGAUAAAUAA